AAACAGAGGACAGGACACAGAUAGUGGAAGAGGGGAGAGCCAGAUGUUCAGUUCCUGACUGAUCAUGUGAUCAACUCAUUAUGCAAGCAGAAGAAAGACGUCCUUCGCUCUCCUAAAGUCUCUGUCUUGAGGCCCAGCUUCUGUUUGUGCCUGAUAAUGACGGGCUCACCUGCUCAAACGCUGGCCUUGACGGUGCUUCCGGUGCUUCUGUUGGGAUUUACCUGCUCAUCUCAAGCUUCCCUUGUGAAAGUCAAUAGGGGUUUAAAGGUGAAACGAGGUCAUUCAGCCUACCUUCAGGAGGGUGACCUGCAGUUCCAUAUUCCCAUUCAGAAGGAUGCGUGCAAGGUGGAAGUAGUGUUAAAUGAGCCCAUAACUCAAAGAGUGGGAAAACUCGUGCCUCAGGUAUUUGAUUGCAAUUAUCUGGCUGAUGAAGUAAAGUAUGUCCACAAUGGCUGCCCUCUUUUAAAUGAAGACACAGUCAAGCUUCGCUUAUACAGGUUCAGUGAGACAGAGACAUACAUGGAGGUGUUUUCUCUCCAUGUGGACAUUAUGGAGCCUGAAUGCAACAUCAUAAAGCUGGGACCCAAAUCUUUGGAGGUCUCUGAGUUCUACAGCCUCUCUGAUCCUGUUGAUGGCAACGUGGUGUCUUUCCACUAUGAAAGAAAGUCAACUCUGGAAUGUAGCAUCCACAUUGAUCGCCAUGACAACCAGUUGCCUGCUCAUGGCCAGUUGGUCACCGGAGAGCCAGAGAAAGCUACAAAGCGAGGGGACGAGCCAGAGAGCUUCAUUCACCUGCGUCAGCAGCUUGAUAAUAAAGCCAGAGCAAUGUGUAAAUCCGAAGAUUGUCUGAAAGGUUUGAAGCUAGUGAAGUUCACCAAAAUACCCUGUGAUGCCUUUCUGGUGAUGGGGCUGAAGUAUCAGCACAUAGACCCGCCUUCUCCAGACGUAGACUACAUCGCCAUCAGACUGGACCUCAAGGACACCAGGAGUGGCAGUAUAUAUCAGUCCGAGCAGUCCUGGAUUCCAGUGAGGAUAGCUGGUGCGAUGCCCAACCAGCCUCCCAAACCGUCCUUCAUGUCCAUGUUCAUCCUGGAAGUCGACCAGUUCAUCCUCACGCCGCUCUCCACUGCCACAGUAGACGCUGAAGAUGAGGAAACUCCGAAACAGAGACUGGUUUUUAACAUCACCAAACCCCCUGCUGACGGCUUCAUCACACAUCUGUCCGAUCAUACUCGACCAAUCUCCUCCUUUACUUGGCUUGAUCUCAAUGGUAUGCUCAUUGGCUACCAGCCUCCCAACUCCUCACACACCCAGCGAAGGAACUAUGAGGUGGAACUCGAGGUUCAUGAUUACUUCUUUGAGAAGAGCCCAUCAAUGACUGUCCACAUGUCAGUAAGGAAUGCAGACACCAAUGCACCCAGAGUGUCCUGGAACAUGGGUCUUAGCCUGUUAGAGGGUCAGUCCCGUCCGAUAACGUGGGACCAACUCCAGGUCGUGGAUAACGACAACCUGAAUGCUGUUCGUAUGAUCACAGUUGAUGGUCUGCAGCAUGGACGUCUAACUGUCAGAGGAGGAAAGGGCUUCAUGUUUACCGUCAAUGACAUAAAAGCCGGGGUGGUCAGUUAUCACCAUGACGACAGUGACUCCACCAAGGACUUCAUCAUCUUCCGCAUUACCGACGGCCACCAUCAGACCCGACACAAAUUCCCCAUCAAGAUCCUCCCUAAAGACGACAGCCCUCCGUUCCUCAUCACUAACAUGCUGCUGGAGGUCUCUGAAGGCCGCACAGCCCUGCUGAGGGGCUCCACCCUACAGGCUUCAGACAUGGACUCCAGUGAUGACUACAUCCUCUUUAACCUCACACGUCUCCCACAGGCUGGAGAGGUUAUAAAAAUCCCAGGGCCAGGACUGAUGGGCUAUCCGGUCACACACUUUCUCCAGCGGGACCUUACUCAGUCCAAGGUUUAUUAUAGACACAUUGGGAAUGAGGUGUUUGAUGAUUCCUUUGAGGUGGUGCUGUCUGAUUUCCACGACCCUCCCAACCUGUCAGAGCCUCAGGUUGUGAUGGUUCACAUUGAACCCGUUCCUGACCAACCCCCAAAGGAGGUUCCUGGAUCUAGUCGCUGUCUCGUGGUGAAGGAGACGGAGGUGGUCCAUAUCACUCGACAGCAGCUCCACUUUGUUGACCAGGUGUCACCGGACAAUGAGCUGACAUACACGGUUACAACUCCACCUUUCUCCACCAGUCCUCGCAGCUCGGAUGCAGGACGGUUAUUCCUGGUCGACAGCAUACCCAGAUUCACCAAAGACUCCAACGCACCAGUGCUGAGGCUCUUCACACAACAUGCAGUGAACUUCUUGAAAGUAGCCUACAUGCCUCCAGUCCUGGACAUUGGUCCUUACCCUCAGUAUGUCCAGUUUGUUCUCUCUGUAAGCAACCGCCUGGGGAAAACCGUGUCUGGGAUCUGCUUUAACAUCACUGUGAUGCCAGUGGACAACCAGCCACCACAGGUCAUCACCACCCCCCUGACAGUAGACGAGGGAGGGGAGUGCUGGCUGGGCCCUGAACAAAUUCUGCUGUCAGAUGUGGACUCUGUAGAAGAAGUCUUGCAGGUGGAGCUUCAGAGGGAACCAGAGCAUGGAGCUCUGCAGCUUGGUGGCCUUCCACUUAAACCAGGACAGACCCUGAUUCUACAAGACCUGAAAAGCCUUAAAGUUAGGUACAGCCAUGACAGCUCAGAAACUACAGAGGACAGCAUUGAAUUCACUGCGACAGACGGCACCAAUUCAAUCAGCUUCACUCUAAUAGUGAAGGUCACGCCCGUCAAUGAUGAGAUCCCAGUGAUGGGCUCAGGUUUGAAACCACUUCUCAGGUGUGCAGAGGGACAAGAAAUGCUAAUCACAGCAGAGUAUAUCUAUGCUACUGAUGCUGACAGCGACAACAGCAGCCUGGUAUUCCUGAUCGCCCGGCAGCCUUAUCAUGGCGUGGUGCAGCGCAACGGUGUUGUAGUUGAUCGCUUCAUCCAGGCAGACGUCACUGCCGGGAUCAUCUCCUACAGGCACACAGGACUGGAGAUCGGACUAACUCCUCGCCAUGACACCAUCACCUUUGUCAUUUCUGAUGGGGAGACGGAGAGCUCUGCUUUGUGCUGCAGUGGAGGGAAUCUGAUCCGGAACAGAGGCUCAGCCCGGCUACGGGACAGCCUGCCGCUAUACGACCUCCACGUCACAGUGUUUCCUGUUGACAACCAACCACCUUCACUCACAACAGGGGACAUGUUUACGGUGGAUGAAGGUGGGUCUGCACCAAUAACCAGGUCUCAUUUGAAACCCUCUGACGUGGACACAGCCCUCUUCGAGCUGGUGUUCAGUCUCAUUUCUCCUCCCCAGUUUGGCUACAUAGAAAAUAUCCUUCCGACUCCUGGGUUUGAGAAAAGCAACACUGGCAUUAGCAUCGCUUCUUUCUCAUACAGAGACAUCAUUGAGGGUCAUGUUAACUAUGUCCAGUCCCAACACCAGAGGAUGGAGCCCACAGCCGACCAGUUCAUGCUCCGCGUGUCUGAUGGCAAGCACAGCUCAGCCCACGUCCCCUUCUACAUCAUUAUUAACCCAACAAAUGAUGAAAUCCCAGAGUUUGUGGCUCGCAACAUCACAGUACGUGAAGGAGAAACCAAGCAGCUGGACUCCUCGGUGUUGAACGCGUUGGAUCUGGACGUCCCCAAGAAUGACCUUCGUUUCACAGUGGUCCAACCUCCUCAGCACGGGAGGAUUGUUGACCACAGAGGUGGAAACCUGAUCACUAAGAGACAAGAAGUCAGUGUGGGGUCUCCAGUGGUCCACUUCACCGUGACAGACCUCAUGAACGGUAUGGACCUGAUGUACAUGCAUGACGACUCUGAGAACAUGGAGGAUAGUUUUACCCUCCAGCUGACUGAUGGCAGACAUCAGCUCCACAGACAGGUGAUGGUUAAAGUGCUGCCGGUGAAUGAUGAAGAGCCACGCGUCAUCAGGAACAACGGAUUGGAGGUGGAUCCAGGAGAAUCAAGGAUUAUAUCCAGUGUUACACUGUUCACACAGGACACAGAUACACCCUCCUCUCAGAUCGUGUACAUAUUCCAGAAUGUUCCCACCCAAGGACUGCUUCAGAUAAAGGAAGGCCAGAAGUGGGUGUCACUGACAGCCGGGAGGAAUUGUACCCAGGAAACGGUGGACAUGAACCUCCUGCGCUACGUUCAUACCGACCUCCAUGCUGCUAAGACACAGGACUUCUUCGUCUUCCACGUGAUGGAUGGAAAGAAUCGAUCACCUCCACAACACUUUCACAUCUCUGUCCGAGAGCUGAAUAAAGGAAACAUUGCUCUCUUUGUGAAGCCAGUGAACAUCAGCCGUGGGGAUCGCGUGGUUCUCACCACCGAUGUGCUGCUGGCCACAGACGGCACAGACAAACCGGAGGAACUUCUGUACAUCAUCACCCACCCACCGGCUCACGGACACGUAGAAUACGUCAAACAUCCUGGGCUGGUCAUCUCCACCUUCAGCCAGAUGGACAUAGCAGCUAACCUUGUAGCUUACGUUCAUGACAACCGAGCGAGUACAGAAAUGGAGACCUUUCAGUUUGUUGUAAGCAACGGUGAAAGCAGCCGAAACGGAAGUUUUGAGGUUCGGGUAGAGAUGGUGGAUCGUGUCCUGCCCUCUCUGACCUCCAACAAAGGCCUAACAGUCCCCCAAGGCUCUGCUGUGAUCCUAGAUCCUGACUGCUUGUCCGUGUCGGAUCCUGACACUCCACCAAAUGCCCUGACCUUUGUCCUCCAGCAGCCUCCACAGUACGGAAAACUGGUUGUAGCUGGUACCGCACUGGUAACUGGCUCAAACUUCACCCAGAGAGAUAUAAAGGAGCUGGAGGUGGCAUAUAUACAUGACGGGGGGCCAUCACAGAUCGACCGGUUUGGCUUCACUGCUUCAGACAGCACCAGUCGAGGUUUCCUGCUGGAUGGGAAGUUACAGAUAGAACCCGUGUUCUUCACUAUUCAGAUCAAACCUUUGGAUAAAUCUUCUCCUGAGGUCAUGAAGCUGCUGCCGCUUUGGAAAGCUGAGCUUUUAGCCGAUGGUCGGUAUGGGAUCUUCCUGUCAUCUCGAGAACUGAAGGCUGAAGAUGGUGACAGCCGAGACGAGGAGCUUAUUUUCUGUAUCGUUCGUCCACCUUAUUUUGGCUACCUUGAAAACUUGACCACAGGUAGUUUCGUAUCGCAGCGUUUCACUCAGUCGGAGCUUAACAAAAGAACGAUCGUCUACAUCAUCAAUCCGGAUCGGGAGUCUUACUCAGACAGCCUGGAAUUCAGAGUAUCUGAUCCUCUGGGCAACAUGGGGGCCUCUCAUGUACUUAAAUUGCAGUGGUCCGGUGUGGAGUUCUCUCAGCCAGAGUCUUCUGCAUGUGAAGAGAAGGGAACCAUCUUGCUGGACAUCAUCCGAAAGGGAAACCUCGCAGAGUCAUCCUACAUCACUGUCAAGGUAAAGGAGGGCACUGCCACAGCUGGAAGAGAUUUUGUCAUAAACCCUUCGUCUCUCAUUCAAUUUGAUCCAGGAGUGGCAAAGCGAAGGUGGCAGGCUGGGAUCAUUCAAGACCACAUUGAGGAGGUUGAUGAAACGUUUGAGGUGCUGCUGGUCUCUCCUGAAGCCACAAUUAUUGGCAGGAUCAGUAAGGCUGAAGUGACCAUCAAAGACUCAGGAAAAGGGCAGUGCAGGCUUAACCAGGAUCAUCAGACUCCUCUUCUGGGAGGAAAAGAGAUUCGAUUGGACACGUAUCCUCAACACGGAUCCAUUAAGCUGGAGAAACUCCCCCUUGACACAGAAUCUGUCCCAUGGACCCGAGGAGAUGGCAUCUCCAGCCCACCUGCAGAGCUCCCAAAAAAGAUCAGAGUUUUGGGCAAUCCUAAAUCUAUUGCUCCUUCAUCUGUGUUUCACAAUGGGACAGAUGUAGUUUACACAUAUCACGGAAUCAUGCAGAUGAAAGUGGAGGACGAGACCUUGCCAUCCAGGAGGGGCAGAAAGGCAAACAUAAAGGUGGUUAACAGGGGGGCAUUUACUGAUACAAAACCAGAUCCUCCAAAGAUCCCAAAACCACAAAACACUAGACUUGUUGAAGGGGUGACAGGUGAUAGCUCUAUCCCUAAGCCCUGUGUGCCAGAGCUAAUGGGACUCCUGCAUUUCAACCAAACCACAAAUCAACUCUUUCACUGCAACGGUGUCACCUGGAAACCCUGGAAACCAACUCAUCAGAUGGUGAGUGCUCAGAUGUGUCCUCGGGGUUGGACCUUUCAUCAAGGCCUUUGCUUCAUUCUCAGCACUGAGCACAAGGUCACAUGGAGCGCAGCUAACAGGGCCUGCAGGGAAAAAUAUAAGGGCUCUCUUGCAAGUGUUCGCUCUAAAACCAACAUGGACUGGUUGUGGGACUUCAGUGGGAGAAAGCCGUUCUGGAUAGGCCUGAAUGACCGGGAGGGCCGCGGACGCUGGGAGUGGGCAGGCGGCGAACCCGUCACCUACACCAACUGGAGAACGGUGCCACCCAGGUCCAAGAUGAAGGGAAGCAAGAAGUGCGUCCUGGUGUGGAGACGGGCCAAGUGGCAAAUCAGAGACUGUGCGAGCGGGAGAGGUCAUGGCUUUGUGUGCUCGGUAAAAACCACACCACAGUGAGCUGAGGAUGGAGCCGCAACACCAGACAGCUUCCCAGAAAGGACCAAAAAGAACUCUGCUUUAGCUGUAAUUUAUAAGGAUUCUCAUACUGAAUAACCUGUAACAGAGUAUUUAAGUGACCUUGUUUACAUCUUAUUUACUCUAACCACUGGAAGUAUUAUCACCCAUGUAAGCUGAAAAGAAAUGUAAGGAAGUAUUUAGCUGCUUUUGCAGCGACUAACAGUGGAUUAUGGUCAUGUUUGGGAUAAUGUUAUGUUGGGGGGUGGUUUUCACAGAUUCUGCAACGCAACAUCCAACAUCGUGUGAAAUCGAUGAAUUUAAUUUAUAUUUUGCAUAUUUUAUAUGUUUUUAAAUCAGUUUGUGUUUAAUCUCUUUAACUCCGGCAGCAGUGGUACACUGUAUGGAAGUGGUGGAGCUGGUUUUUAUGUAUUCAGGUGAUAAAUAAUGAUUUAAAAAAAUGUCUGUGUGUAUUUUGCUUUUUGGGAAUUUGCAGAUAAGAGCAAAUUUAUUAAAUAAAAAUGUGCAAACUCACAUAAAAAA